AUGACUGCAAAUUCUGUCAACUCUAAUAAUAAGAAAAAUGACGUGGCUUCUAAAUUGGCAGCUAAGAAUAAUACUUUCUCUAAGAGGUUCGUUAGACUAACCAAGUCGUUACAAUUUUAUUGGUUCUUAGGCCAUGCUAUCACUUUGUUCGCAUCCUUUAUUUAUUUCUUCACUUUUUCUUUCAAACAAUCAUGGUAUAGAAUUGCGUUUUUUGGUGCCUUACAAUCAUUUGGUGUCCUUAUCUAUCAACAACAAUUUUUAUCAAAAUCUACGACUUCUAAACCUGCUGCUUCUGAAGAGGUCCAAAUUCUGGAAUAUGAAAACAUUUUGUAUUUUAUCUUAGCUUUAACAUGGAUCUCCACUCCAAAGCUCUCUAUUGCUUUAGUCCCUUACAUCGCAUUCUCCACUUUACAUUUCUCCUCUUAUUUGCAAUCUACUUUAUUACCAAAACUUUUCCCAGGUGCUACUGCAGAUAAAGUUUCCUCUUAUAUCUCCAAAUUCCAUGAAUGUUACAAUGAAAAAUCAAUGUACUGGGUCGCUUCAGGUGAAUUAUUGAUCGAAUGCAUCUUAAUCUUAAGAGCACUCCUAUUCUUCCCAAAAUCAUGGAUAGUCUUAAUCAUCUAUUCCCUUUUCUUGAAAGUUAAAUUCGAAUUAUCUAAAUAUUCCACCACUGUUUUCGCUCAAUGGAGAGUCAUCUUCGAUGGAAUCAUCUCUCACCCAAUGGUUCCUCCUCAAAUUAAAAAGGCAUACAAUUUCAUUAAAUUAAAUUUGAUUUCUUUAUCAAAUUUUAAAUUGAUAAGAUACCUAAAUAUUCCAAUUCCAAUUCAAGAUGAAAAGAAAAAGGAAAAUUAG